AUGGACCUCGUCAAAAUCCAAACUGAUUCUAUCAACGUCGAGCAAGGAUUCUCUACUCACUCUGGUAUGCUCCACACAGGUUACUUCACCCAUCUGAGCGAAGAUCUGUUCCCAGCUUUCUUAAAUGUCAGGCUCAUAGAAUUGAUGCCGGAUAUCAUCGGGCUGCCCAAUGUGCAUCUUGACGCAUCCAUCUGCGUUGUCUACUACUGCAUUUUAUAUCAUGGUUGCUUGCUCCACCGGCAGUCAGCACUAGCUUCCGAGGAUGUAGAAACAAGGAGCAAGCUGUACCAUCACUGCCUGCGCGCAUUGCUGGCCUGGGAGCCAUACGCCACGGGAACAGCUACGGACUUUGUCGCCGCGUUUUCCAUGGUACGAGUGGCUGCGGAGCGGUUUGAACUUGAGCUCAGCUGGACCAUGUUCAGGCGCGCCUGCCAGUACGCCGAGAAGAUUGAGCUGCAUCGCCUUGAUAACAGUGUCGGCUCGGGCUUGUCGAGCUUAGGAAGCUCAGUGCUAGAAGCAAGCCGGAAAGGCUUCUGGGAGCUGGUGGGCAUGGAUCUUUAUUUCCACCUAAUCCAUGACAAGCCACCCGCUAUAGUAGGCGCCGCUCAGUACGACGCACAAGUGAGCCUCCCAUGGGUGACUGCGUUAGGCCUACAACAAUCAGAAGAGGCAGAAACAGAGGAGAUAACCACUCUUCGAUUCUUGAUCGAUUCACGGCGAUCGUUUAUCCUGAUGGAGUUUUUGCAGUUACUGGAAAAUACUAAAGUCAAGCCUGAUCCGGAGCUCGUUUCGAAGACGGAGGCGCUGUGUCACAAGAUUGAGGCAUUAUAUGAGCAAUGGGAAGUCGAUGAGUGGGUAAAGAAGAUGAUCGUCUCCGAUGGCCAGUUGUGGACGCUUGCUGGUCUGGCUAUGGAAGGAUACAUCUGUAUCCUCUUCAUGCUCCGUCACGCCAUCACUACGGCUAAUUUUGACACCAUGGAGAGUGAAACGAUUGAUAUCGAGGUUGCCAGGCUUCCUCUGACACUCAAAGUAUCCCGACAUAUCCUCCAAAUGGUUGACCUUCUUUUAAAUGCUAUGCCCUUCAUGGCGACCGUCUCGGUCACAUUUGCCGUCUUACAAGCACACUUACCGUACGCAUACUUGGUCACCAACCUGUUGUAUUCAACAACUACACAUAGUUCUAGAGGAGAUGCUGCCUUACUGAAACGUGUUUUCGGUGGACUAAAGGUGAUUUCGAGAAAUGUAGUGGAGUUGGAACCGCUAACUGCAGCCAUUGAGAGGUUGAACAUGAUGGUGUCUCGCCGAUUACUACAGGAUCCAAAAGAAGGUCUUUAG